AUGAAGGUCCCAAAGACGUACAACACCUACUUCCUCGCGAUCAUCGCGACGAUAGGUGGUAUGCUCUUCGGUUUCGAUAUUUCGUCCAUGUCCGCCAUCAUCGGAACCGAUCAGUAUCUCGAUUACUUCGACAACCCUCACGGCGUUACCCAAGGUGGUAUCAAUUCAGCCCUUGCUGCCGGUUCCGUAGUGGGCUCGCUCAUCUCUGGUUUCAUCUCCGACAAGUGGGGGCGUAGAGGCGCGAUCUUCUUCGCGUGUUUGUGGUGGUUGGUCGGCACUGCGAUCCAGGUCGCUACCAACGGUGUUGGCAUGCUGAUUGCUGGUCGCGUCAUCAACGGUGUUUGCGUCGGUAUCACCUCCUCGCAGGUACCCGUGUACCUUGCCGAAAUUGCCAGACACGACAAACGCGGCCAGCUCAUCAUCAUCCAGCAGCUGGCCAUUGAGUGGGGUAUCCUGAUCAUGUACUUUGCUGGCUAUGGAUGCAGCUUCAUUGACGGCACCGCGUCUUUCCGCACGGCCUGGGGCAUUCAGUUUAUUCCUUGUGUCUUUUUGAUGGUCGGUCUCCCGUUCUUGCCAGAAUCCCCUCGAUGGUUUGCAAAGGUCGACCGCACCGAAGAAGCUAUCCAUACUCUCGCAAAGAUCCAGGCUGGUGGCAGAACCGACGAUCCUCUCGUGCUUGCCGAAUUCCAGGAAAUUAUGACGGUUUUGGCCGCCGAGCGGGCCUCACAAAGCGGCUGGAAAAAAUUUAUCUACAAGGGCAUGUGGAAGCGUACCAUGGCUGGAUUCAGUGUCCAAGCUUGGCAACAGAUGUCAGGCGCCAAUGUCAUGACAUAUUACAUCGUUUACGUCUUCAAGAUGGCUGACCUGAGCGGAAACGUCAACCUUAUCGCGUCAGGAAUCCAAUACGCGCUCUUCAUCAUCUUUACUACCAUCAUGUUCUUCUACGUCGACAAGGUGGGGCGGCGGCAGCUGCUGGUAUGGGGCGCCAUCGCGAUGUCGUUCUGUCACUUCGUGGUCGGCGGCGUAUUAGGCGCCCACUACACAUACGUGCCCGACGGCGUAGACGGCGACCUCAACGUCGUGAUGAAAGUGAAGGGCGCGCCGGCCCACACUGUCAUCGCGUUCUCCUACCUGCUCGUCAUCGUGUACGCCCUGACGCUGGCGCCGGUCUGCUGGAUCUACGCCGCGGAAGUAUGGUCUCUCGAGACGCGUGCACACGGCAUGGGCAUUGCCGCCGUCGGGAACUGGCUUUUCAACUUCGCUCUGGGCCUGUUUAUCCCCCCGGCGUUCCGCAACAUCUUGUGGAAGACGUUUGUUAUCUUCGGAGUGCUGUGUCUCGCCGCUGCGACACAAUUCUUCUUCACCUACCCCGAGACUUGCGGAAAGACGAUUGAGGAGGUUGAGUUCAUGUUUAGCAAGGAGGGACCGCAUCCCUGGAAGACGAAGAAGGGCCAAUCGAGAAUUGCGGAAGAGGUGGAUCAUAUCAAGGAUACGCAAGCAAAGGGCGUCGAGGCAGGAGAGAUUAUUCGUGAGGUUAUCCAUCAUGAGAAAAACCCUGAGGGGCACGUUUGAUGUGCCUUUGGCAGCGAAACGGGGUUG